CGGUCGGAGGAUGUUCUGUUGCCGGAGGACCUUGCUGAUUUUUUAAAAAAAGUGUCUCUUCUUUCGUAUUUAUAUCGAACUUUCAACAUAUAUGUGCAAGGCUCCUUUCUUUUGCCAAUUCCCGAUGAUUGAUUACCCGCUGACGGAUGCGUGAUAUCAGAAAUACAGAGUAAAUCGCAAAGAACCAAGACUAGUCUAAUUACAAGCCUUUUUUUGGGUUUAAUAAAUAACAGGCUUUUUUUGGUUUAAUAAAUUACAACUGUAAUUAUUUCGUGAUUUUGUGGUAGUGAUUUGUGUUGUUUUUCGUCCAGUAAUUACACGAAACUCGUAAAAGAGAGGAAAUCUGUGUUACUUUCCCUGCACACUAUGAAGAGGUGGUGAGGGCGCGCGGGCGUGGGCGGGAGCGUGGGAGAAUAUGGUCUCCGGCAGCUCCACCACGGCUAGUCACGAGGGUCCGGAACCAGAGCGCGAGCAUCUAGUGUUUGACGUCGACACCGAGGGCCUGCCGCCCGAGACCGCUGCCCUCGUCGAGCAGAUCAAAGAGGUUGCGGAGAAUGUGUUAUACCACUGGAAGACCUUCCCCCUCCACCUCCCGCCUCCCGUUGCGGUCCAGAACGACCCCGCGUCCACGGCGUCGGCAGGAAACUUUGCUGUUGGUAAUGGCGGAGCAGGAACAGGAGCUGGCGGAGGAGUGGGGCCCCUAGGAGGAGGAGGAGGAGGAGGAGGGGGAGGGGGAGGAGGAGGGGGAGCCGUCAAUGGAGGGGGCAACGGCGGAGGGGGAGGGCGAGCCAAGCCCUUAGUCCUGCGGGAUGUGUUCGUCACGCCUUCCUUCGAUGAGCUGGACGCCGUCGCCGUCGACUCCAAGGGCGACCCGCGGCGCCUCUCCAACCACCACCUGCACUCCAUCCGGGAGAAGGGAGAGUUUGAAGUGGAGUCCCUGCACUUCCCUGGCCAAACCCAUCGCUGGCAGGUGUCGGGGUGGCUGCAGAAGGGCAGUGAGAAGGCCCACAACUCCCUCCUGGACGACGUGGCUCUCGCCCUCUCGCUCAUUGUUGUCACCGCCAAGAACAGAGUUGCUUCUCCACUUUUCUCACUCUCUCAUUCACUGCAUUCGUUAUGGCAGGGGAUUCUCAUGCUUGUAGAUUUAGCUGUGGGUAUUCCAUGGGUCCAAGCUCACAAUUUAGAGGCAAGAAUGAAGGAGGAACGAUGCAGCUAUUUGGUCCAGGAGUUGACAUGCAAAUGUAAACUGAAUAGAGAAUUCUUGGAAAACAAUACUAGCAGGUUUAUUAAAAUUUGUUUUCUGAUAUGUGAUUUCAGGGAGCUUAUGAAGAAAGCAUUACCAGUGCUGGUUAACAUUUUAGAAAAAGAAGCGCGGGGCUGGUUCCUGCACUUUAGAGAAAAAGUUGUGGCUGAUCUCAAGGCACAAAAUCUUAGUGAAUAUGAGGUUGAAAAGGAGGGAAACCGUUUAGUGCAAGAGGAGUAUUUAGGCAGAGUGUAUACUGCAAUCCUAGCUCAUCCAACUCUACAGGAGCUGGCACCCACUGUCCCACAAUUACUUGUCAAUCAUGCUAAGGGUGUUCUGCUGAUGCACAGAGCACUGGAUGAAGUGGAGAGAAUAUACGAAGAAGGAGAAAGGUCCCGUCGAGAAGAGCUCAAACACACGCAUCCAAUUUUUUCUCGAAUUGACCCUUGGCUCUCGGAUCAGUUGAGAGCCACGCAUGAUGCCCUCACAGAACAGCACAAGUGGCGACCACAUGAACAUGCCCUGGCACUGUGUAGGGAAAAUGAUCUCCAGCAGCAUGCUUAUUUCCUGCAGAGGGAUUUGGCAUUUAUGAGAGAGCGGGAACCAGUAUUGUUGAAUGAACUGAAGAAUUUAAAGGUUGCAAUGAGAGUGUUCCAGUGGCGAGCUCAAGUCUGGUUUCCAAGCAACUACAUAGUCAGUAGAAGUUUUCAAGGAGAAAGCGAAAUUAUACCAACCGUCUUGGCCUCAUCGCCUACAUCCAUUACAACUCCUCGAACAGACCCAAAUCAUCCUGUUUACCUACUAGAAAAACAGCUGAUUAGAACAACAUCGACACGGUGGCCCUUCUGGCGAUGGUGUAACUUUGUUCACAGGGCUUGGGCUUGGACAUGCAAUGCUCUGUUCUUCUUUGGGGUUUGGCUACCAUUGUGUUCACCAGUCAGUCUUAGAGCACUUCUGUGUCAAGAUCCUUUCAUGUCCGACUUUGAGUUAUCACAGGUACAUAUAACUGUGGUUUUGAUGGAGGAAUAUGUACUGUUGUUGCCGCUUCAACUUGGCUUCAUUGGUAAAGGAGUUACAAGACAUAUGAAUCGUGCUUGGAACUAUGUCAUGAAGGGCAUUGUUGGCACAUUACUUCUCACAACUGUUUUCCCUCUCACUUGUCUUCUUGUAUCUAUGGGAUCAAUGGCGAUUGCUAUUGCUGCACCCUUCUGGGUCCCUGCAUGUGUUCUCCUUACUCACAUUGUCUGCAUAAUCAUCUAUGACUUGGACUCCCCCACGGGUAUGAGGAAGUGGAGUCCAGUUAUACAGGCAGUUGGACUUCAUGUCAUCAUUCUGGGCAUCUUGCAACCAGUACUAGCAUUCCUCACUGCAACAGUUGUUUGUCCAAUAUUUGCUGCCAUCGUUCUGCUGUAUGGAUUGUUCCGUAGAGGAUCACGACACUUUUGGGAUACAGUAAUGUUUCAUUCAGUUAUCAAGAAAAGGGGCAGAAUCCCAGCCUCUGAUAGCUUCCUGGUCAAACGCAUUGCUGGCCCUGGGCUUCACAACAACUUCUUCUAUCAGAUAAGCUGUGAACAAGCACUGGCAGCAUUUGAAGCAAGACUAGAAAUGGAUGAGUUAGCUGUCUACCAAAGAGAAACUGAAACAAUUAUAUACAAACCCCUUGUUGAAUACACGGAUUAUGUUCAGCGAUGUUUUGGCCCCUUCAGUGGAGUCAUUGGUAAAACUGGCAAUUACGAACGAGUAGAGAAAGAAGUAAGAGAUCUUAGCUUCACUUUGCAGGAAAAGAUUGACAGGCGGAGACGAGACUUAACACUUGGGUUGCCUCUGAAUGUUAGAUCAAAGGUAAAGCUCACAACUCGCGACCUGAAGUUGGCUUUGAAACAGGCAACGAUACUGAUUGAGGACUUCUACCCCUCGCAUGUCCUUAAUCGCAUCGUGUACCAACUGGGGGCAGAAUCGACCGAGAGUGACAUGGGAGCUGUGUUGAGCCAGCUGGAUGCUAUCCAUGGGAGGAAUGCAUCUGGUCCAAAGAAUGUAGGAAUUCUAGAAAGGAGUAUUAAUAAGUCAGGAUCAAGGAAGAGUGGACUACAUGAGUCAAAGUUUGCCACAGUUGAAGAGUGGUGGGAUAGCAAAGGACUAGCUGUGGGUGACUAUGCUGGGUUAGCAUCGUUGAUAUUCACAGAGAUAUUUAGUUCUGAUUUCCUCACGCCCAUGGAGGAAACUGAUACUAGCUUUCAGAUGGAGGUCCAUGGGGUAAGCUUGGCAAGAUAUACAGAGAUGAUGCGCUGUAUGCCAGAUAGACCUGACCUUGAUGAGAAGUUGACUGUUCACACACCAAGAGGAAAUAUACAGGUUCACGCUCCCUACCUAGAUUUAGCAGCUUUCACUCCACUUGUUCGCCACGGAGUCCCAACACAUCGCACGGGGAAAACAAGUCUUGCGGCUCGGCUCUCUCUUCGCCUUAAUCUUGGACGCAGGAUGGGUAAGAUCUUUGUGAGUGGCUGCAGAGUUCCUGAGAAGCUCCUGAUCCCUCCUCCAAUUCCCCAUCCAGCACACAUUGCUGUCAUAAUCCACAACAGAGAAGCGUCUGAACCCAUUUCUCUUGAUGCUCCACUUACUCUGCAGGUGAUCCGAACUAUUGAAGAUUCCCCCCAUGUUGUUGCCACUCUCUCUCCUGUUUCGCUGGCUGAUGAUGGCACCCCAAUAUCCGAUUCUCGAUCCUCCACAAUGUCGCAUGAUCAAUCACUCUAUGAUGACCCAUCCUUGUAUGAUGGGCCCUUUAGUAACACUUCACGAUCAGGCACAGCAGAUAGGAGAGGCAACCGCUGCUCACUUGGACGUUCCCGCACUGCUACCCUUGAAAUGACAGCGACCUUGGACCGUGUAACUACAAGGGACCAACGCACAAGUCUGCAGGAGUACAAUAGAUCUAGUACCCUGGAACUAACCCCAACCAGAAUGGCUCAGAGGCUGGCAACCCCACUACGCUCUUUACUGGAAGGCCAGCGACCUUUUACAGUGUCCCUCAACUUGGCAUCUGCUGAAGAUGUCAGUCUCGAAGUUGAAGAGGAGGAAGAGCAGCCUAUCCCUCUCCAGCCACUCACUCACUCCACAUAUACCACAGCUGUGUGAUGAAAGGUUAUGAAGGAAGUGCAGGUCCCUCUCCAGAGGCUUACAGAUUUCUUGUGAACCCAGAUAUCUGCAGACUCAGUUUAUCUCAUAUCUCAUGUGAUGUUCGUUGCUACCCUGUAGAAUUGAGAUAGGAGUAGCUGAUCUCUUUACCACAUACCCACUGUACCUUGUGCUAUACUGUUGUGUGAACAUAGGAAAACUUAGAGAAGAAACUUCCCUUCAGUCACUUCUUUUCUCCAUAUACAUUCUCAUAUAGAAGAACAAACAACAACAAUAAAAAACAACAAAAAAACAUAAAAAAUAAAACCAAAAGAACACAAAAAAAGAGGCAAGGAAUACAUUAGUUCUUUAAUCCUCUUGGGCAUGUGAAUCACUGUGGGGAGCUGAGGAAGACUGAGGUAAAUUGAUAGCUUGCACACUUUUUUUUUUUUUUUGCUUAUAACCACCAGGGCCUAGCUAAUAAAUGGCAUUAGCAGGGGAAAUGGAACACAUAGGAAAACAAUAGAAAGUGAACAAGUCACGCAUUCAUAUAAAAGUUUGGUAUUUUGCAGUGAGACUUAUAGGAAAUGCAAACAAUAAAACAAAAGCUCUGGUAGUGUCUUAUUUUCGUUUUCUAUUUGUUUAUGUUCUGUAACAUUUGAACUAAUGGAUAUUCACGAUAUAAGAAAGUUUUUUGUGUAACAAAGUGAUUAUAAUAAACUGCCAUUGCUAUGCUCAUUGUAGUGGGUUAGUAUUAAUUAAUACCAUUUAGGAAACAUACACACAAGGAAAUUAUUUUCUAAAUACCAUUUUCUAAACAGAAUGCUUCUAACCAGGCUAAGGAAGAAAGAAAACAACACAUAUCCAUACAAUAUGUAAGUUUCACAUAUACCAUGCUUAGAUGUCGUGUUUUUUUUUCAUAAUUUAAAGUGUUUCUUAUUUGAUGCAUAAUGAAAAGUAAAUUUCCAAAGUAUAUAUGGAUUCAUUUUGCAAAAGUUCACCAGUGAAAAAAGAAAGAAAAAAAAGCAGGAAGAAUACACAGAAUUGGCUUAGUAUUAUAUAAAUGUGCCUCGGUUUUCACUAUCAGUGCACUUGAAAGUUCUGUAGGUUAAUAUGAAAAGUACUCUUAGGAAAACUGCUAGCUUUAAGAUUCUGUUUAAGAAUGAAAAACGUUGAUCACUAUUUAAGAGGAAAUCCUUUUUUUUUUAAAGAUUAUAUUGUGGAUGGAUUUCAAUUAUUGACAUUUUAUGACUUUAUUUAUAUUUUUAUGUAUUCUCACAAAAGCCUAAAUUAAUAUUUAUUGUUAAUACUUUCACAUGAAAACUUCAUAGCUGAGAAAUAUUUUGCACUUCAUAAUAAUGCUUAUGAAAAAAGCAGGAAAAGAAGAAAAAAAAAUACAUAUAGCAUAUGAAUAUAUUUAAUCACAACUUUAUGAUGUAUGUAUCAAUCACUUUUAUUUAUUUAUCACAAUGAUGAUUUUCUCAUCAUUACUAAUAUUUUUUUUUUCAUUAUUCUUUAUUAUUACUGUUCUUGAUAUUACAGUUAUUGCUGUUAUGCUAAUAAUGACCAUCAUUAUUGAUGUUAUUCUCAGAAGCAGUAAAAUUAUAAGAUAAAAUAUAAUAAUCAGAUGCAUGAACAUCAUAUGGAUGCCACCAAAUCUUGAUUCAGAUCCAAAAUAUAAGAAUUAUGUUUUUUUCAAAAAAUUAGGUUAGUAUUAGUGAACUUCAGUACCUGCAUAGCACUCAAAUGGUCAGUGAUCCACCACGUUUUAUAUGCUAGGUUAGGGUCAACAUUGUCAAGUGCUGUGUUAUUUUUAUGCACUGGAAAAUUAUUCAUAUGGGACAUCUUCAUGUGAUUUAAUUUAUUGCAUCUUUGAUUUUUUUUCUCUCUUUAUUUUAAGUGCUGUAGUCCUGGAGUUUGUGGUUUUCCCUUGGUCUGGAAAUAAAAUACGUACUAUGAAGGAAAGAUGGAAAAAAAAAACAAAAAAAAAACAAGUGGCUGUAGAGUCAUUUGUAACAAUCUUUUCCGAUACACGCCUAUGAUCAUUUGUGAUAUGAGAAUGUUGUCCGUAAACAAUAUUCUUUUUAUUACUAUUAUAAAAAAGAAUUUUAAUUUAGGUUUCAGAGAUUUGUUCUGGACAGCGAUUUUUAUUUUUUUAUUUUUUUUUAUUUGCAUAGGAAAGAAUGUUCUGUUCUUCAGGUAUAAUAGAUGUUUUCAAAAUGAAAGAAGGGAGAAGAAAAAGAAAAAAACGACUUUUUGAUUACUUUUCAGGCAGGCAUUUAGAGAUAUGGAUGAAGUCUUGAAGGUGAUUUUUUCGAAUUAUAUUAAUUUGAACCACUUGUCAGAAAGAGAUAGUUACAAAAUUGAUGCAAGUGUGUAAUCUUCACGUCAAGAUUAGGAGGCUGAAGAUGCAGCUUAGUGGAGUUGCUCUUUAAAGAUGGCAUAAUUUUUUUUUUUUUUCACCUGAACUUUAAAUAAAUUGGUUUUAUUUAUAUGCUGACAUUUUUAUUAUUGUUAUUGUUGUCAUUAUCAUUAUUAUUGUUGUUAUUAUUAUUACCAUUAUUAUGAUUACUAUUAUCAUUAUCAUCAUUAUUAAUAUUAUUAAUAUUGCUCUCAUGGUUAUUAUUAUUUUUAUAAUUUUAGUGUUAAUAUGAUUAUUAUUUAGUUUUUGUUGAAUUGUUGUUAUUAUUUCAUUAUUGUUAUCAUUGAUAUUAUUAUCAUCAUUUAGUCUUUUUUUCACUUUGUAAUGCCUUUUUUUACUGAUGCUUUUUAAGUUGAUAUUUGGACUGUCUGAACUAUUAUCAGUGUUAUGACUAUUGACAGUCAUCGUUAUUGAUAGUAUUAGUAAUAUAUUAUUAUUAUUGACUUCAUUUAAUUUUAUUUAUUUAUUUUUAUUAGCUUUUGAAAAUAUUUUUUAUUAACAUUAACAUUAUUUUGAUUAUUACUUGUAAUAUUUUUAUUAUUACUUUUCAACCUUUGUUAUUAUUAUUUUCAUUUUCAUCAUAUAUAAUAUGCUUAUAAUUGUUUAUUUAUUUAUUUAUUUUUUAUUUGUUUUACUCAUUCUUAUCAGGGAUGUAAUAGGCUUAGUUCCGUGUAUUACUGGAACUCACAAGAUGUAUAUUUCUGUGAUUAAUAUUUGUGAAUCUCUUUAUAGUUUGUUUUUAGUUUUUAUUAUGAUUAUUAUUAUUUUCUCGCUGGCAUUGUCUCAACUUGCUCUCUUUUUUACGCUGAAAAUUGGAAACCAUGCUUGUAUUUUAAUAUGCUUUUUUGUACAGUAUUUUGACAGGUGAUAAAAUAUUCAUAUGUUUAGCAUACAAUCAGGAUUCAUUAUCAUAUUCAUAUAGGAUAUUCAAAUGUUACUAGUAGAUUUCACGACUCAUUUCAUCCAUCAUAGAAUUAUUGUAGGUUUUUUUAGAUAGAUAGGAUGAAGGAUAUUUCUUUCUGUCACAUUUCAAUUGGCAGGUGAUAUAUUCUCAGUUGCUAUAUUGAUUUCUAUCUCUAUGGUAUACAUUAGCAUAAUAUGUUCAUUUGAGCUUUUGAAUCACCUUUAUGUGGUUUGGGAGAUCUAAAUGUCCAAAUAUGCUAUUUCAGACUUUGUUCCUGAUGAGUUUUGCAGAGAAUCUUUUAUCUAAGAUUCUUCUGUUGUGUGAUCCAUUAACAGUAGACUGCUUUUUAGGGUGUGUACUGUGAUUAUUUUAAACUAAAAUAUUUUGGGUUACUGGAACAGUAAAACAUUAGAAAAAGGACGAGAGGCUAUGAUUGUGUGUACAGUGUACAUAAGCUGUGUGCCCAUUUGUAAAUUUUGUAACAUUUUUCUUCUUUGAACCUGAUAUCUUGCCAAAAAUAAAUAUAGAACAUGA